GCAUGGACCCAAUGAGCCCUAUAAAAUUUAUCUUUAAGAAAAUGCUCAUAUGGGAAAGGCUGACUUUUAUAACAACUUAGCUAUUAAGUCAUAUAUUUUGCAAUACUUCCUGAUUUGGUUACAGCUUCCUGUUUUUCCAAUAUAAAUGGAAACAUAUUAUCUGGCAAGUGUAACUACGCCAUGUUAGCAAAUCCACGCUGGGAGGAUAAACCAGCUGACCAAGACAAUGAGGCUAUGGGUUAUGCUGACAGCUCUCACUGGAGCAGCGUUUUCUGUUCCUCUUCCACCUCACCCACAGCAUCCUGGGUAUGUGAACUUCAGUUAUGAGAUUUUAUCACCUUUAAAGUGGUACCAGUCUAUGAUGAAACAUCAGUAUCCAAAUUAUGGCUAUGAACCCAUGUCUGGUUGGCUUCAGAACCCAGUGGUACCAGCUCCUCCUAUGAUGCCUCAGCAACAGCACCCAAGCCAGCAUGUAGUUCCAAAACUGCCACCCCAUCACCCAUUCCUAAUACCUCAACAGCCAGUUGUACCCGUUCCUCAUCCUGUAAUUCCUCUGACACCCCAACAUACACAUCAACUCAAGCCCACAUAUCUGUCAAAUCCUGAUUCAGCAAAUACUCAACCUUUGGAGCCAUUCAAACCUGAUCAUGAGAACAAGAAUGGGCAUCCCAUGUUCCCUUUACAGCCCUUGCCACCACUUUUUGAAGAAAGACCACAGGAACCAUGGCAAGCAGCAGGAAAUACUAACCAAGAGGAACUGGAUUAGACGUGUUUGGAUAUUAGAAAGGAAGAUUAUUCCGAGAGUUUCCUGCACUACUGCAGAGUAUUGGUUACUGUACUUUUUCCCAUUUUUUGCCUACCUUAACUGCAUUGUAAUAAAAUCCAAAGAAAAAAAAAAAUGAGGUAAUAAACAUCUUAAAUCAUUU